GAUUGUAGUUCGUGUUGGAACCCGGAAGUGGGAUCGAGUCGGAGCAGUAACAGCGUCUAUCAGCUGGAGAGAUGGCCGGGAUGGAGGAUCUCACACUGAGUCUCGGGGAGCUCGAUCUGACCUCUGAUGACAUCACGAUGGACAACGUCGGCAUUCACAUUCAGGAGAAUUUAGAAGACGCUCUUGUUCAAGAAGCCCUGAAAACGGGCGUGGAUCUCCGGCAAUACUCCAAGCAGGUGGAGAUGGAGCUACAGCAGAUCGAACACGUCUCCAUCAAAGACUAUAUCGAGCAGAGCCAGAACAUCGCAUCCCUCCAUAACCAGAUCAUCGCAUGCGAUGCCAUCCUGGAGAGAAUGGGCCUCAUGCUCGGGGGUUUCCAGUCUGACCUCAGCUCCAUCAGCUCCGAGAUUCACACCUUGCAGGAGAUGUCGCUGGCGAUGAACGUCAAGCUGAAGAACAGACAGACGGUGAGAAGCGAGCUGAGCGAGCUGGUGGACGAGCUCAUCAUCCCCAACACGAUGAUCAGCGUUAUUUUGGACGUCGCCGUGACGGAUCAGCAGUUCGUAGAACAGUUACAGGAAUUAAAUAAUAAAAUAAAUUACGUGAAGGAGCAGGCGUUCAGAGACACCAAGGCCUGCGCCGACGUGCAGGAGACCCUCCACAAACUGAAGAUCAAGGCCGUGUCUAAAGUCCGUGAGUUUAUCCUGCAGAAAAUUUACUCCUUCCGUAAACCUAUGACCAAUUACCAGAUCCCGCAGAAUGCGCUGCUUAAACACAGGUUCUUCUAUCAGUUCCUCCUGGGGAACGAGCGGUCGGUGGCUCAGGAAAUCCAGGACGAGUACGUGGAGACGAUGAGCAAAGUAUACCUGUCCUACUUCAAAUCCUACACUAGCCGACUGAUGAAAGUGCAGUAUGAAGAAGUUGCUGAAAAAGAUGAUCUUAUGGGCAUUGAAGACACAGCUAAAAAAAGCUUCUUCUCAAAGCCAGCUUUGCGCAGCAAGAACACGGUGUUUACGGUUGGCAACAGAGCUGCGAUCAUCAGCCCGACCGAGCUGGAGGGACCCAUCAUCGUGCCUCACACCGCGCAGAGGAGCGACGUCCGAUACCCUUUCGAGUCUCUGUUCCGCAGCCAGCACUAUGCCCUGCUUGACAACAGCUGCCGGGAGUUCCUCUUCCUGUCGGACUUUUUUCUGGUGACCGGAUCUGCAGCCCAGGAGCUCUUCAACUCUGUGAUGGGAAGGAGCCUGGCCAUGUUCUUGAAGCACAUGGACUCUUAUGUGUCGGACUGUUAUGACAGCAUCGCCAUUUUCCUCUGUAUUCACAUCGUGCUGAGGUUUAAAGGCAUCGCUCAAAGACGGGAAAUCCCUGCCGUGGACAAGUACUGGGACGCGGUCUUAGACAUGCUGUGGCCGAGAUUCCAGUACAUUCUGGAGUUAAAUAUCCAGAGCAUCCGAAAUACAGAUCCUCAGAAGCUGGGAACCCUCGAUACAAGACCGCACUACAUAACCCGACGUUACGCGGAGUUCUCAUCGGCCAUUGUGAGCAUAAACCAAACGUUUCCAAAUGAAAAGACCAACGUCCUCCUCGGCCAGCUCCAGGUCGAGGUGGAGAAUUUUGUCCUGCGAAUGGCAGCGGAGUUUUCUGCCCGAAAGGAGCAGCUCGUAUUCCUGAUUAACAAUUACGAUAUGAUGCUCGGCGUCCUGAUGGAACGAGCGUCUUCAGACAGCAAAGAAGUGGAGAGCUUCCAGCAGCUGCUAUCGGCUCGGACUCAGGAGUUCAUAGAGGAGAUCCUCUCCCCUUCGUUCGGAGGAAUGAUUUCUUUCGUUAAGGAGUCGGAAUCUCUCAUGGAGAAGGGCCAGCAAGACCGCUUGCGGAGCGAAGAAGCACACGUGGCUCAGCUGGUCCGCGGAUUCUCCGCCACGUGGAAGCAAGCGGUGGAGACGCUGAGUCAGGACGUUAUGAGGUCUUUCACAAACUUCAAAAACGGGACAAGCAUUAUCCAGGGGGCGCUCACGCAGCUGAUCCAGUACUAUCACCGGUUUCAUAAAAUCCUCUCCCAGCCCCCUCUGCGGAAUCUGCCGGUUUGUUCAGAGUUAAUCAAUCUGCAUCAUCUGAUGGUCGAACUGAAGAAACACAAGCCGAACUUCUGAGCGGGCGCCGCAGCCGUAUCUGUAGUCAGCGGUGGAUGUAACACGGUGCGAGUCUCUCCCGCUCGUAGGACUUAAUGUACAUUUCUAUUUAUUGAGACAGACUUGGUUCUCCGGUCGCGUCCUAUUCUGCUUUUAGUGUAUAUGAUGAGUCUUGGUCUCUACCUUCAUAAAUAAAGUUUAUAAUCCUGCCA